UUUUUUUUUUUUUUUUUGGUGCCGUGCCGUGAGUGUUUCGUUUCUUUUGAUACACGAUUGAAGCCUAAUAAAAACCCCCCUCUCGACUGCGACUGCGAUGGUGUGGUGUAACCAUUGUGGGAAGGAAGUUGCCGGAUUACGCCCAGAAGGCGGUGCUUUGGCAUGUAAUAAAUGUGGGAGGAUAUUGGAAAACUUCUAUUUUUCUGAUGAAGUUACUUUCAUUAAGAAUGCCGCUGGACAGAGCCAAGCGUCAGGUAACAUAGUGAGUAGUGUUUCGAGUGGGAUUACAAGCUCACGUGAAAGGAGAAAUAGAAUUGCUAGAGAUGAGUUAAUGAAUUUGAGAGAUGCCUUGCAAAUUGGUGAUGACAGUGAUGUUGUGGUUAACAUGGCUUUCCGAUUAUUUGGGGUCGCAGCUGACCAAAACUUCACCAAAGGGCGCAGAAGUGAACUAGUACUCUCUUCCUGUCUCUACUUGGCUUGCAGGCAACAAAAGAAGUUAGCAUUUCUUCUUAUUGAUUUUUCGAGCUACCUUCGAGUUUCCGUUUACGAGUUAGGUUCUGUCUACUUGCAACUCUGUGAACUGCUCUUCUUGGUGGAAAACAACAACUAUGAGGAGCUUGUUGAUCCUUCAAUCUUCAUUCCUCGAUUCACAAAAAGCUUAUUAAAAGGUGAACAUGACAACGAUAAAACAAGAAAAAAAGUCAUAAAAACGGCUACCAACAUUAUAGCUAGUAUGAAGAGAGAUUGGAUGCAGACCGGCCGCAAACCAAGUGGAAUAUGUGGAGCAGCAAUUUACAUAGCUGCCCUUUCUCGUGGUAUCAAGUGCUCGACCACCGAUAUUGCACACAUUGUGCAUAUGUGUGGAGCAACAAUAACUAAAAGAUUGAAUGAGUUUGCUAACACCGAAGCUGCAAGUUUAACUGUUAAGGAGCUCAAAAAAAGCGAAAAACCUUUUACGCCAAGACCAAAUUCCGACAAGGAAGUAGUGAACUGUAAACAUAAGGAUUCAAAAAGUUUUGGUUAUGGAUUAUGCAAGGACUGUCACGAAAAGUUCAUGAAAGUUUCUGGUGGAGUUGUUGGUGGGUCGGAUCCUCCUGCUUUCCAGCGAGCAGAGAAAGAGAGAAUGGCAAAAGCAGCUAGAGAGGAAAACGAGGGAGGAGGCAUUGAGAAAAUUGAAGAAGAACCAUAUUGGAAUGCUGAAGCUUCGGAUGAGUCAGACAAUCUUUCUGACCUCGAUGGUGAUCCUGUGGUGGAUGGCUGUAUUCUUGACGAGGACGAAAAGGUAGCCAUUAAAAAAUCAUGGGAGUUUCUUAACAGAGACUGGCUUAAGGAGCAAGCGGAUAAGGAAGCAGCUCUGAAGACUGCUAGUGAAGCUUUCAACGCGAGCAAUGCUAAUUGCCCUGAAUACGCAAGAAAUCUUGUUGAAGCUUCUAAAGCAUCUGUGACUAAUUCUAGAAAGGAAAAGCGGCAAAAACGUGCAGAGGAAGCAAAGAACGCGCCUCCCGCAACACCUUUGGAAGCUGUUACCAGAGCGCUUGGUAGAAAGAAUAUCAGUUUCAACUACGAUCUUUUGGAAGAGCUCUUAGAUACUUCCUCAGGUGAGAAGUCCCACAAGAAAUCAAGAACCGAAACACUUAUAGAGAAGAAGAAGAAGGAAGUUGAAAUUGAAGAGGAGGAAGAAGAAGAAGCUGAAGAAGAUGAAGAACAACCAUACGAAAUGAACACAGAUGAGAAAUUCUAUGAAGACCAAGUGGAAGAGGAAGAGGAUGAGGAUGGUUAUGAUUUUGGAUUGUAUUAAUAUAUUGAGAAUUUGCACUCUCUACCCACCACUUUUUUCGUAAUUAGGUAAAUACACAAAGGUACUGUGUUGCACUAUUUAACAAUAUUUUAAUAUAUUACUGCCCCUCUCUUUCUUUCUCUCUCUUCUUCUCCUUGCGCUUCAACCUCUCUUUCUCCUAACCACGUCUCCCUUUAACCACCUCCUCUGCAUAGAUUCAAAGCCUAUAAAAAAUGGAUUUCAGGAAAAAAAUGAUAAGGAGAGAAAGAGUCCAAACGUAAAAUGAGAUGUUUAUCUAAUCUCUCUCUAUCUCCCAAUCCCAAAAUCCCUUCCUCCCUCUCACGAUGCCGCCACACCCGUCCAUGAGCACCACCGACACCCACCCCUAGAUCCCCCAACAACCCAGCUCCAACUACUGUCCAUGGCUCCCGCAGCGCGUCCUUUCCCACCCCCGCGCCGUCAUCUCAGCUCCCCUCUCCUCCUCUGCCGCCGUCUCAGUCGCCGCCUCCGCUCCCACCACCCAGCUCUCAAAGUUCCCUCCUCUCCAGACCUCCAAGUCCGACUCCUCCGACUUCUCCGGCCCGCUUCAUUUCCAAGAUCCGUCAACGUCUCUGUCGUGUUACCUAUAUAAUUUAAAUCUUUGUCCAUGGAUUUAUUAAUCCAUAGGGGGGUUAGGGUUUAAUUUUGAUGAAAAUAGAAGAUUUGAGAAGAGAAGAAGAAAUAUGGGUAAACUCAUGAUCGCAGAAGAGAAGAAGAGGGAGAGAUGAAAGAGAGAUAUAUUGUUGGAGAAAGAAGAGAAGGGCUUUUAGGUAAUUAUAUAUAUAAAAACUAGUGGUUGGCCGGUGCUACGCGUCGGGAUUCGGAUAAAAAUUCAAAUUGGUUGUUUAGAUAUUUUAAUCCAUUUUGUUGAAUGUUUCGAAUUUAAUUUUAAUUUUACAAAUUUACUGUUCUU